AUGAACGCGAUUCAGUACAAGUUUCCCCAGGACAGCUGGCAGACGAUCCUCCUGCUGGCCUUUUUCCUGUACGUCGACCAGGCCUCGGUCGGUACGCUCGGCUCGCGCAUCCGCAACGCUGUGGGUGGUGCGCGUACGCUCGACAUCCUUCGCAAGCUCACGGUGUCCGUGCACAUUGCCGAGGCGCUCGCUAUGCUCGUGGUGAACAUCAAGCGUGGCUCGUCGCCCCUUGUCGGCCUCAAGUGGGUCGUCACCACCUUUGUUGUCGGCUUCCCGUCGUGGAUUUCGUUCGGUGCGCUGACAGCAGCGGUCAACAACGGCAUCUGGUAA